AUGUCAGCCCUUAAAGGCGCAACGCCAAUUUACUUUGGCUCAUUCAUCGUUACACCACAGGUCUUCCUCCAAACACCACUCACCUUCGCCCUAGUAAACCUCAAACCAAUUCUACCAGGCCAUGUCCUCAUCUCCCCACGACGCGUCGUUCCCCGCGUCGCAGACCUAACACCCGCCGAAACAAGCGAUCUCUUCCUCACAGUGCGCCGGGUUGGCCGCAUGGUCGAGCGCGUGUAUGGGGCCUCUAGUUUGAACAUUGCCGUGCAGGACGGCAUGCAUGCUGGCCAGAGUGUGCCACAUGUACAUGCACACAUCAUCCCUCGCAAAGCGGCGGAUUUGGAUCACCGUGGCGGUACAGAUGCUGUGUAUGAUAUGCUUGAUGGUGAAGAAGGGAAUUUGGGGAAGACAUUUAGCGAAGCUGGGACUGGGACCCAGGCUAAUGGGGCUGUGAAGGCCGUGGAGGCGGCUUCAGGACCUCGGAGGGGGUCGAGAUUCCCUGCUGUUGAUAAUGAGGAGCGGAAGCCCAGGAGUGAGGAGGAGAUGAGCGCUGAGGCUGAGAUGUUGGCUAGGGAGAUGGAAAAUGAGCCUAUUGAUUGA